AUGAAGCUAUACUACGCCCCGACACUGGUGUGGUCAUGCACAUCCAUCUUAGCAUCAGCGCUCCCCCAGAACAUGGGCAACCUCACGAUUUACGGGUCUGAACAACUUGGCAGUCAAGUUGCGAAUACGUUUCUGUCUUGUUUGAAUAACACCGGCACCAACUAUAAACUCUACGUCGAAGAUUUCGGAACAACUAUAGCAUUACCACCAACCAACCGGACCAUUGACUUCGAGCCUGAGGAUCAGGGGCUUUUCGAGUGCAUCAUCGAGGUGAAUCUUCAGAUGGAAGUGGCCGCUGAAUCAACCCUAUACGACCAAGGCGAAUUUCCGAAUGCGAGUCCCAGCAGCCUUGUUACGUAUGAGCGGCUGCGCUCGAAGGGUGCACUCGGCAAGAAGCCAGUUGGCUCGCGGCUCCCUACGACGAUGGGGGACUCGGUCGCAGCAAACCCGAGGUCGGUUAUACCAAGGCAAUCUCUGGUAUACUGGGCCUAUCCAGCCACCGAUUCAAGCUGUGUAAACGUCGAUCUUAUAGCAUCGCACGCCAACCACUGUCAUAAUUCGGCCUCGGCAUUUUCGAGCAUUCAGUUUGAAAACACAGCUCAGCAUGAAUAUUUGACAGUGGAGAUGUGGCCGCACCAUCAAUGCCAGAAAGGAAACAGCAGACGUCGCGUGAUUCAUCCUGGUACCCUUGAUACUUGUCAGAAAAAGACAACGUACUCCUGGUAUGGCUCGUUCUCCAGAUGCCGCUCAUGCUAA